CUUACUGAAGUUCAGUCAUGAUUUUAAUAUUAAUUAUAUUUAUUUUGACUAUUCCAGUGGACAUAUUUAGUGAUAAAGCUUGUGACAAUUUCGACAAAAAGGGUCCUUAUUGCCUAUUUAGUAGUAAAAAUGACAUUAAACGUGUUUAUGCAGCAAAAACUAAAUAUGAUCAGUCAGUCAAGUUGUUUGCUAAAUUGGCUGAUUCUAUUGAUAUCCCAUCAACAUGUAAACCUAUCAUGUUUUAUUUAUUUUCAAGACAUGGAAUAAGAUAUCCUGAAAAGGAUGACAUUAUUGAUAUGGAGGAAAUUUUGCCUAAAUUACAAAGUGAGAUUAUUAAUGGAUACAACUCUGAUCAAAGUGAAUUAUGUGAACAGGAUUAUCAAACGGUUAAAGAUUGGAAGCUUCAGAUGGUUCCUGAAAACGACAAUCAUUUGACGUCUAGUGGAGUUGAGACUACUAAAAAGAUAGCUGGAUUAUUUUAUGAACGUUAUCCAAGUUUAUUUGAUCCGAGUGAAGUUGAAUUUAAAGUUGGUAUUACUUCUAAGGUGCGAACCAAUGAAACAGCUCAUGCAUUUGUUGACGGACUACGUGAUUUACGACCAGAUAUCAAUAUUAAUGAAGAGGAUUAUGUGAUUCGCAAUCACCUCCAGUUCCAUUCGAUUUGUAAAAAGAAGAUAAAUGGUAAAAUACCUGAGCCAAGGCAAGUUAAAGAAAUCACUGAAAGUAAAUUAUUCCAAAAGCUUCGUCAAAGAAUCAGUAAAAGAAUGGGAUUGAACAGGACAAUCGAUGAUGCGGAGCUGAGUGUAAUGUAUAAAUCCUGUUGCUUCGAACAAGCAAUCUAUGAGAAAGCUCCUUGGUGCUCUUUGUUCACCAAGAAAGAGUUGAGAGCUUUAGAAACCAGAGAAGAUUUAAAACAUUACUACAGAAACGGACCUGGAUUAUAUUUAAAUCAUCAGAUGCCUUGUCCUUUAAUUGGUGAUCUCUAUAGAGCUGUUAUAAAAGGAAUUGCUCAGCCUGAAAACAAGACAACUUAUCUUUACUUUUCACAUGCAGGAGCUUUAGCAAGAUUAUGGGCUGCUCUUGGUCUUUUUGAUGAUCUAGAGAUAAAUCAUAACUUUUGUCCAGAUGAAAAUCGAAAAUGGCGAACCUCUUUGAUGCUUUCAUUCAAUGUAAAUUUCGACGUCGUACUUCACCGAUGCACUGAAAACAACAAAUCUACUAACCCGUCUGAUUACAAGUUAUUGACUAUGAUCAAUGGAUUCCCUGUAAAAAUUGACCACUGUGAUGAUUCAAUGUGCAAUGCCAGCAAAUUUCUCAAGAAGUAUAAAAAGAUGGCUGAAAGUUGUGAUCUUGAUCAAAUAUGUCAUCUUCCGUAAUUUUCAGAACAAACUUACGAGAUUAACUAUGUAUGCAAAGUUAUUCAAUUACACGUUAAUUUUAUUACAAUAAAAUUAAUAAAACAAGGGAAAAAAUAACUUAUUUUCUUGUGAUUUUUGUAUUAACCUGCAAAGAUUUGUAUCAUAAAUGUACAAUUUUCGCAAUAUUUUGUAAAUACUUUGAUGAUUUAAAUUGCCACAAUCAAGAAUAAAUAAAUUCCCAUAAA